GGUGUUCGCUUCCUUGCUCCGCUCAACAUGGUACACCAUAUGUUUCAUUAUAGUUUUUUAUAUAAAACACCUAAAGUUACAAUGACUAGAAAAUCUCCACCCAAAAUCUUCUGGCCCCUCCGGCACCCACCUAGCUCUCCUCCUCCAUGCCGUAGUGAUGAGGAAACCGCCGCCCUCCGCCACCCACCCAUCAAUACAAAUUAACACACAAGGAAAGUUUUAUACCGCUUACACUUUUUGGAUUUGACUUUGUUGUUGGAUUCCAAAAGUGGUGCACGGAGGCGGCCACGUCAACAGUGGUGACCCGAGGUGGUGAGAGCGGCAGUGGGGGCUAGAGGCACUGGCAGAGGUGGAUGUGUUAGUGGCCAUGGGUGAAGCUUGGGGUUAGGGUUAUUGGUAAAAAAGGGGACAAAAUAAAACCGAAUGCCUUCUUCCUCAUACUACCCAAUCUUACCCUUGGCUUCUUUGUGUUCACAACAACCUGUCCAUCAGGAUAUCCAAAAAAACAACCUGUCCAUCAUUCGCAGCAUAUUAGAUCCUACCGAAAUUUACUCAAGAAGUAUUCCAGAGUUGAGGGGGACAAAUCUGUUGACCGUGCAACAUGGUGGUUGGUGUGUUUUGGAGAAAGGUGGAAUAAAAAAGGUUCGGGAACUAUUACUUUGGAAUCCUUUUCUUCAGCAAAAGAUUCAUCUCCCAUCCCUAAAACAUGAGAAUGAAAUUCGCAAUUGCAUUUUGUCGUGCUCUCCAACUGCAACGGAUCAAGUUUGCUCCAUAUUUUUAUUCCCGUAUGAGGCGUAUAGUGAUCCAAAUAUAUUAUUCUAUUGUGAAGUUGGAGAUAAACAAUGGUUUGCAGUAGACUACAGAGACCCGUCGUUUCUUUAUAGCCCUGUUUAUUUCAAUGGUCGCUUGUAUGCAGCGUCAGACUCUCGUCUUCUUGUGAUAAUAGAGAAGCUUCCUCAUGGCCUUCAAAUACACUCUGCAGAUGUUUACUUGCCAGAUCCUUUUCCACAUACCUUCAAAUGUAUAAACCAGUUGUUAGAGUCUAACAAUGAAUUAUUUCAUAUUCAAAUUUCUAUGGAGUACGAUAAGAUUUUUGGCAUAGCGGUUCACAGAUUAGAUUUUUCUCAAAGUAUAUGGAAAAGAGUAAAAAGCAUCAAAGACAUGGUCUUCUUUUUAUCCGAUAACGAUUUACCAUUUGCCUGUCCAGUCAAUCAUGGUGGAGGUGGAGGUGGUCUUAUCUAUUUCACCUCAAUGAACAAAAAAAUUGUUCACAUAUUCAACCUUGAAGACAAUAGUCUCAGAAUUUGCAAAGCUUUCCCGGAAAACUGGUUUCCCCCAAAAUCAUUCUGGGUUAUGCCAAAUUUAAGGAUGACUCUUGCACCCACAGAAGAAGGUAUAAAAACUCAAAUUGGGCCAGAUAUAAGGAUGACUCUUGCACCUAAAGAAAAAAGAGGGAAAACUCAAAUUAGGCCAAAUCUAAGGAUGACACAUACACUCAAAGAAGAAAGAGGAAAAAACUCAAUUAGAGGAGGGGAAAGUAGUGCGACAAUCCAUUCAGAUAAGACACGGGAUAUAGCUACUAAUUUUGAUGCAUUGCCUUUUCAUAUAGUCGAGAUUGUUGCAGAAUAUCUUGAUGCAUAUGAUUAUUUGCAUUUUCGAGCUACUAACUGUUACUAUCGUCAUUUAAGAGCACCGCCACUUCAAUGGAGAUCACCCUCUCACAUUUCAAUGUCAAGUUUUGAUGAUGUUUCACUCUUUUCAUUAUUUGUUUUCUUUGAGAAUGAAGAAGUUUUAACUUUUGUGCACCCACUCUAUGGAAUCAAGUAUAAAUAUAGCAUUAACUUGCCCAAAGAUAUCCAUGGAGAUUGUGAAAUUUGCUACUCCAAAGAUGGCUGGCUACUGCUGUCAAUAAACACAUUUUCUAACAUGUUUUUCAAUCCUUUUACAAAAGAAGCGAAACAACUUGCAUAUGGACCUGCAUUAGAAGUAUGGAAGAAUACACUGUUGAUGGGCUUCUCACAUCCCCCAACCUCUUCAGAAUGUGUAGUUGUUGAACUCCAACAAAAAAAAUGUUCCCAACUAACCGUACACUACACCUGCCUUGGGCAAGGAGAAUGGAAAGGAACCACUUUUGUGGGUUGUGAUUUUGAACCCACCAACAUAAGCCCUUGUUUCUAUGAUGGAGAAUUCUAUUAUCUUAGCAGCCGGGAAGGAAAGUUGGGAAUUCUUGAAGUAGUAGGAAAAGAAGACAUAUGUUGGAGAGAAAAUAAUAAGAUGCUUAAUGCCCCAUGUAAGGACUACUACAAGUGCUUUCUAGCAGAAUGUAAUGGUAGUCUCUUGUCCGUAUUUGAGAAUCCUUUUGAAAAUUGGGUUCGAGUUUUCAAGUUAAAUGAGUCUGAAAUGACAUGGACAAGAGUUAAAAGCCUUGGAAACCAUAUGCUUUUUGUUGGUAAUCAAUCAUUUUCUGCGGAGGCUAGUAUUCCUGGAAUGGAAAAUAAAAUAUAUUUUCCCAGAUUUUAUAACCAAAACAUUGUGUUUUAUUCAUUAGAAUCAAGUAACUACCACACAUUUGAAAGCUCUGAAGUUGUGGAUUUUCAUUGUAUGGAAGAAAAACUUAAUAGCAGCUGGAUUCAGCCAAGUUGGUAGGCGGUAAGUCAGUAAGUUGCAAUUGUAGACAUUUUGCCCUCUGGGCUCCGGGUGCUUUGCUGGCACUUGAUAUUGCAUCACCUUCCAGACCUGUUACCUCCAUGCUCACUUGCUCCUUGAGUUGCGUGGUUCAUUGUUUGUGCCUGUGGUGUUUGGCGUGGCCUAUCCACUGAUAUUGCUGGUUCUGUUUUCUUGCUGUUGCUGUGUUUUUCUAAUUUGUUUGUGCUUUGUGGGCUUACUAGGGAGAGCCUUGUUCCCUAGCUGUUCUAUUUUUUUUUUUUUUUCUCCAUCGGAAAAUCGCUGUUCUAUUUCUAAUAAUAUAUACUUUUCAUUUUCAAAAAAAAAUUGC